CCUGUUGUCUGCGGCCCGCCUUCCAGGGUUCAGAGAGCAGAAACUUGGGAGUGCAGUACCUGACAAUUGGUUUUAUUUCCUCGUGUCACACUAGAUUAUCAAAGAAAGUUUACUAAGUUGUUUAUAUUUUUUUUAGUUUAAUAGAAGUUUAAGGGUUGCGGUUUGGAGUUCCUAAUGUUACAGAAAGUGGCACCUGGAGCGAGAGUGUGACGUGUCGGGAAGGCUGGGAGCUGCGAGCGAGUGGAGAGGCUGCCGGCAUCGAGUGGAUCCCACAAGGACACGGAUCCUGGAAGGACAUGCGGCGGUCGGCGUGGUUGCUUCUGCUACUGCAGGCGCUGAAUUGGGACCUGACCUUGGGACGCAUUGUACGAGUCCCAAGAGGUCCCCUGUACCGUGUGGUGAACACCACAGUCAGCAUUCCCUGCAACGUCAGCGAUUAUCAAGGACCGAGUGAACAAAAUUUUGAUUGGAUUGUGAUUCGUAACGGUGAGCGAUCAAAUAUCAUCAGCACAUUGGAACCAGAAUAUUCAGGUCCUAAGUACAAGGAGAAGGUUCAGAAAAAUGAGAUUUGGGUGAAGAGACUUAGUGACAGCUCUGUUGAGCUACACUUAAAAAGUGCUCAAUUUGAAGAUGAUGGGGAAUAUCAAUGCCAAACGCCUAGUACAGAUGAAAAUAGUAGUGGAAAUUAUGAAGCCUCUGUGAUUUUGAGAGUGAUUCCCGAUAAACUUACUGUAUCACCUACAAAGUCCAGAAGUCUGCCGAACAGGAACUACACCGAAGGGAAGGCACUGGAACUUCAGUGUGUUGCGACAACUUCAUCGCCUGUUUCUACCCAUCUUUCUGUCAAAUGGCAGCUGACUAAAAAUGGAGGUGUGAUAGAAGACAUUCUGUCUUUCACUCACGAUCAGUUCCUGCCUGGCAGUUCGUACGCAGCCAGGUAUCAGCAGGGUGAUAUCAGAAUGAGCCUGGAAAAGAAUGGCAUUUUUAAGCUCUUUAUUGGCCACCUGCAGCUUGAGGACAGCGGCUUAUACUCUUGUGUGGCAGCAGAGUGGGUCAAGGAAGAUGGCUCCACGUGGAAAAAAAUUCAGGAGAAAAGUACAAACAUUGCAACGAUUGGAGUUCAGUCAUUAGCCCAGACUCUCAAUGUCUCUGCAAGUGGGAGGAUGCUCACUUUGAACAAAGGUGAUGAGAUUGAUCUGGUCUGCACAGUAACAGGUGCCGAAGACUUCGGCGUUGAGGUCAGCUGGUAUGUCAGCACAUCUCCAGCAGCUGACACUCAAAGCGGGAAACUUCUGGUGCACAUGAAUCUUGCAGCAAUAGUUAAUGAUUCAAACUUCAUCACCUUGAACAAAAUUAGUAGUAAUGACUACAGACUGAGAGUGCAACAAGUUGAUGAAUCAGAUAGUGGAUAUUACUACUGUGCAGCCUCUGUUUGGACCCCAUAUAUCAAAGCAGCAGAGAAAACCUCUAAUCCUCUCCAUAUCACUGUGGCACUUCUAGAUCCUACAUAUACUGUUCACCUAAGCUCCUUAAGGCUGCCCAGCUCCUCGGGAGAACCAGCAGAGUUUGAAUGCCAGUUGCUAGAUUUGCAAAACACAGAUGAUGCAAGACUAGAUGUGUCUUGGUAUUUCAAGCCAACUGGGUCGGAUGGUGUUGCCAGAGUGAGUGUCCCAGUAGCAACAAUGGAUCAAGAUUUGACACUGAAUGUGAGCGAUCAGUAUAAAGAGCGGGCUGAAAAAGGAGAGGUUACUUUCAUGAAGCCUGGGACACAUACUUUCAAGUUUCAGGUGCAGCAUGCAUCUCUGUCUGACCGAGGGGAAUAUUUUUGCAAUGUUUCUGCCAUGAUUAAACAACGAGGAAAUAAGUGGGUGAAGAAACAGGAAUUAUCUUCCUUUGGUGUUGAUAUGUUCUGGAAAAUCGAAGACCCACAGCUAAGCAUAACAGCAACAGAGGGAAAAUCAGUCGCUACAAAGGGUAGCACUUUUGAAAUGACGUGUAGCAUUUCUGCAGACCAUCUUGAAGUUCCUCAUUAUUCGGUGGUUAUAUCAAUGAAUGAACCAGCCUUUACUGAAGCAAGGGACAGUAAAAAGCUGAUCUCAUUGAGUCGGGACUCAGUGGUAAAGCUGGAGCAAAUGAAUAUUCAGCACCAAGCAGAAGAUCUAGUUUUGGAAAAAGUCAGUGACAAGGAGUUCCGUUUCCGGCUGUACAAGACUCAAUUUUCUGAUGAAGGAUCUUACUACUGCAUGGUACAAGCAUGGGUUCCUGAUGCAAAUGGAGGGUGGUCUGAAGCAGUUUCUAAUUAUUCAAAUGCCAUUGCUGUCGCUUUUAAAACAGCAGCACCUCAGUUUAAUGUGACAUUGGAGUCGGAGAGACCUCGUGUGUACCAAGGAGAGACUUUGGAAAUGAAUUGCACUAUUGACCUGCCGGAGAUACCAGACACCUCAGAUGUUUUAUUUGAGGUAGAAUGGUUCUUCCAACGGCAUUCUUUUAAUGUCAGCCAGAGCCCUUUGGUAAUUGUGGAUCAGAAAUCAGUGGUGACAUACCUGAAGGACUUUGGUACCAGCAGCAUGAGCGUUGAGCGAACGGGCAUGCAGCAAUUCCGUCUGCGCUUACACUGCUCAGAUAGCGAUUUUUCUGGAGAUUAUUCCUGCACAGUGGCACCCUGGAUAAAAUCUGAGACUGGAACAUGGCAGAAAAUAACACCACAACAAUCUGGUAUACUUUCAGUACGCGUUGAUAUUUCAGUGCUAGAUUCCUUUAAGAUGCCUUUGUUGUAUGGGAUUGGCAGUGCCUUAUUGAUUGGCAUUCUCGCCUGUGCCAUCGGCUAUUGCGCUUUUCCAAGUGCACCUAGAGGAAGAAAUGUCCCGAAAGAUGAGCGACGUGGGUUACUCCAGAAAUGUCUGAGCUGAGAUCUCUUGCACUGUUUAGUGACCACUGGAGAGAAACUACUGAAACUACCUGUAUGCUGACAUUUGAGGACGACAAAGAAAAUGUCAAAUCUUUAAGAAUUUGGCCUCAUGCAAUGAUUUGUAAUUAUUUUUAAGAAAGCCAUGUUCAGUCUUGAGUAAAAAUAUUUUGGGAAUGGCAGUGUGAUUUCUGCAGAUUUAUUAUUUUUCACUGCAAUAAGUCAUGCUACGGGAGAUACUGCCAGUUUCUUCCACCUUUGCCAUUCUGUCAAGUAGGGCUGGACCAAGCUGCACUCCCCUGGUGCCUGCUGGUCAGUCACCGUGUUGUGCUUUCAAAUUACCACUGGUGGGUCACGCAAUAAACUCCAUUCUCUUGAGUGCUAACAGGAAUAAGUAUUUGCUCCGCCAAGGCAAGUUCAAAAUCAUUGUGUGAUGAUUAUAGAGGUAAUUUUAUGCAAAAAGGCAGAGGCUAGGGGAAUAAACAAGAUGUUCAGCAUGUUCUCAAAAUCUUUCUCAUUGGACAAAAGUGUACCGAAUAAGGGGGAGCUUUUCUGCCAGAGGGAAAUAUAUUCUCAGCUAUUUUUAGACAGGGCAUGAAGUUCCAUUUUAAAUGAUGAAUUCCAAUAAAUGGGGAAACAUUUUAUUGCUGUCUUUGAAUGUGUAUUACAAAUUAAAAUUUAUACAAAGAACAAUGGAAAUAAUAUAAAAAAACUCCAAUACAAUCCACUUAUGACAUGCCUGGCUUUUUGUUAGAAUAUAUUGCAUUUCAAGUCUAAACAAUUAACUACUUUAUUAAUCACACUUUUUCUGGAAAAUGAUCACUGCAGUCAAUAGCCUGUAACUUCGCUUUCGGAGAUGAGCUUUUGAACUGCAUGGAUGACCUGGCAUUUUUACGGUGUGAACUGAAGUUUGAAAGGUGGAGGAUGGUUGUGGCGUGGCGUGCACAGGCUGAAUCGAGCCAGCAGACUGGGCCCAAGAACACAGAACGAGCCAAUUUAUGGCUGUUGCUAGAGCUGAUUGGAAGCCAGGGAGAGCUGACUGGAUCCAGGGAGAGGAAGAGUCAAUGCGGCGGAGCCUGUUCCCAAGCGAGGAACCAGUGAAUGUUUGACUGGUUUAAGCAUUGGGCCAGAUUGGAAAGAUUGGGUGCAGGCCAAAUCGAGGCUGCAGGGUCCGGGCUCAAGAGCGAGGAACAAGCCAAGGAUUGGCCGACCUACGUGCCGGGCCAGAUUGUAAAGGUCAUGGGGUCGGGGCUGGUGACGAAGGGCAGACUGGGGUUCAGUUCAAUGCUCGGCGGUUCAUCUCUAUCCUGAACUGAGGAUGGGGCCUGCAGUUAACGGUCUCCUGGAUCACCUGUGACUGAGCUCACUUCUGUGAACUUCAGUUCUGAACGUUAUUUGCCUACUUUUUGUUGUUUGCACGAUUCAUUCUUUUUUUUUUGCACAUUGGGUGUAGGAUGCUCUUCGUUUUAAUGUGUCCCGUUGGGGUUCUUUGGUUUGUAGCAGCUUGUAAAGAGAUGAAUCUCAAGGUUGUAUGCAAUUUACAUACUUUGAUAAUAAAUGUGCUUUGAAAUUUGAAGUAAUCACAUAGUAAAUUAUUAGAUAAUUUCUACUUGGCUUUAUUUGAAGAGUCUAGACCUGAAACAUCAACUCUUUAUUUCCCUUUAUAGUUGCUGCAUGAUCUGAUGUAUUCAUCUGGUAAUUUGUCUUUCACAUUGCUACAGUGCUUUGGCCAAAUGCUGUAGUUAAUUUAUACAAUUUUUCACUGUUGCAACAUAGUCUGCCCUUGCAGUACUGACAUUUCUGAACUCUUUAAAAGUUCAGGUGUAAAGACUAGUUCUUGAGCAAUUGGGUAUUAUUUGCCAGAAAGGCAGAAUUCUUUCCAGUCCUCAGUUUGUAUUUCAAAUGAAAGACUACCAUUAUCCAUGGCUACGUUCUUUCUAAGAUGCACAGUUCUCCAUAGUCAUCAUGAUUAUAUAGGAGGUGUGAAACAAAUGAGCCCCUUACCCCUACUUUGUGCACCGAGGACACUUGGAGAAUGAGAGCAAAGUCUCGUCAUCAGCACCAAGCACCUACCCCCCACAAAUAGGCCUAAAAUACCUGGUGCAAUAGUUAAAAGAUCAAAUUUGGUGCAGAGAUUUAACAUUGUGUUGAACUUUACAGCAUCAGUGUGAAUUUUCAUGACUUUCUCGGCAGGAAGACAGCCAGUUGUCCGUUCACUGUCCCAUCGCAUUGAUGGAAAGAAUUUCAGCCAGUCAUACUGCCUUCUCGUAAUAAUGAUCUAAAGGGCCACCUAUAGAAGGGACUGUACAUACUUUCCUUUUUUUUUGCAGAAAAUGUGGAAAAUACGGGGUGAAAUUGCUCAACAGCUAGAACUUCUGUUUCCCAGUGGUGCCAUAACCUUGUUAACAUCAGUGAAUGGCAGGCUAUAUUUUGCCGACAGGAAUCUUGCACUGCACUAUUAAAUGCCUCAUGCUGUUGAAAUGGCAAUACAACUUUAAAUGCAUUAACGCACUGAGCCCGCAGUGGGUGAGAGCCCAGAUUUGAAUGUUUAGUCAUAAAGCAGUACAAUAGCUACAACUGCAGCUGACUUCCCACCUGCAGAAGUUAAUACUUGAGAUGUAACCAUCUCCAGAGAAGUUAAACCAGCAGUCCUGUGCAACAGAUCUGAAGAGGCAGAGCAUAUCUCUGCAAAGUAUGUGUGUGUGUGAGAGCUACUUUGUUUUGUACAGGUGAGUGAACACUCCAUUUGGUUGGAAUAUUCAUGAGUCUGUAAAAUAUUACUGAUACAUUACAUUUAGCGGUGCUUUUGCCCUGUUAGUAUAAAGAACUGAGAUCAAGGCUUGGGCCUACUCCAACUGCUCCAGGGAGCGGAUCUACGGACUCCGUCUGGUUCAGAAGGCUGUCGUUUGCUCCUGUUGCUGGCAUGGUGUGUGUGUGUGUGUGAUUUCCCUCUUCGUCAGCUCAGUAAUUUUGGUUCUUUCUGUUGGGUUUUUCAUGUUUCUUUCGUUGGGGCUAGCU